AGCACCAGGAGUGUUGAAGGUGCAGCAUUGUUGACAUGUUUCCACGGCGUGUGACACGGCGUUGAUCCACAGAGACGCCAAACUGAGCAUUGAACAAUGGAUUGACUGGAUCGACUGUUUUAACCAUGGACAUCUUUUAUCUGUUCGUGCUCCUACUUUCAUGCAGGAUUCAAGUAGUCAGAGGUCGGUUGAAGCUGUCCCCUGAAACACUAACCGUCCUGCGAGGAGGAGAGGCCCGGUUCACCUGCAGUACCUCAUACAACCCGUGGACCGUUAUGGUGUGGCUGCUGAACGGCGAAGCGGUUCUCACCAUCUCCAAGGAUUCUGGAGUCCUGCCCGCCAUCUACCCUAAUGUGACGGCCGAAACCAGCACCGUCUCACAGGGAGACAGCUGGGUGUUUGUCCUGAAGAGCACAGAGAGGCACAACCAGGGACAAGUGACCUGUGACCUCCAGGGCAUUGAUAGGAAAACAUCAAGCCUGUUUGUACAAGAAAAGGGCAGCGUGAAAAUCACUGGGGACGACAAGUUGGCUUUUAAGGGUCAGCCGGUCCGGUUUGAAUGCCAAGCAGCAGGAUGGUUUCCUUCACCCACUCUGCAAUGGCAGGUGAAUGACAAAAAGGCGAGCCGGGGCGAAUACAACAUCAGCACUGAAGAGUCGGGGAAGAGCCUCUUCACCGUAACCAGCAACCUCAGCGUCACGGCAACGAGGAGCUCUCGUGUGGCCUGUCUGGCCUCUGUGUCUGCCCUCCCCACACCACUGCAGAGCAGCAUCCAUCUGACAGUGGUUGCAGAGGUGGUGCAGGAUGGAGACGACUGCACGCUCCUUCUGGCAGUAACGGGCUCCCUCGCUGCUCUUCUGCUGCUGCUCCUCCUGCUCUGCAUCUGCAUCGUCCUCUGGCACAGACAAAAGAGACAAGCAAAACCGAGCCCAAAGGAGGCAAUAUGGUUCGACCAAUCAGUGAACGGGAGAAGCUUGGUUGCUGAGGCGACAGGAGGGAAGGUCAACCUGGGAUAUUCUAGUGAGGGCCACACAGGUGAGCUAAGCAUGGAAACUCGUAGGCAGGAGGACUUUGUCAGCUUUCACAAGGUCCCUGAUGUCGUGUCCUCCAGCAGCCUGUCUCUACACAGUGAGAACCCGGCCCAGGUGUGUCCAUCAGAGGACGGCUCAAGGAAUAUCAGGAGAAUGACCACAGUUUGAAUAUGUGUCUUAUGAUAUUUGAUAUAAAAAAAUGUGGUGUUAAUGAGGUACACUAUUGUACAGUGCAUUAUUUACCGGUGGGCCCCUCACCAGUGUUUGUACGGUAUAUUUUUUUCAUGUUUUUGUAAAGCUAGAAGCUAAUGUUAUGUGAACUUUGGCUACAUGUGUGCAGCACAUUAUUUCGAAAAUAUAUUGUGAUGCCUUUUACCUUUAAUGUAUCCAUAAAAAAUGUAAACUGUUUUGAGAAUAUACACACAAAAAAGUAUUGUUUUUUACAUUUUCAAUAAAUUUUUCUGCUCCUUAUGUUCUUGGCUUACAUCAGUAUAUUUUGAACAGCCAGAGUCAUUAAGACCAAACAGGAUAUAGACUACAGUAUGUACUUUCAUUCAAAAGAAAUUACAGCUUAUUACAACUUGGAUCUCAUUUUUUACAGCUUGGGCCAUCAUUUGGUUUAGAUAACAUAUUACCCACUAAGUUAACAAGAUAAAAGCUGGAAUAAACCAGAAUUAUCUUUUAAUGCGUUGCCAUGUCUUCUCAAUGAUUAUUGUUGGAGAAAUAAACAUGAUUUUAAGAAUCAAA